AUGGAUAAUAAUAACUAUUGUGAUGGGAAUGUAGAGUUGAGUGAUAGUGAAGAUGCGUUUGAUUUUUCAUUAUCAGAAGAUAUUGUGGAAGACUAUGUCGAUGAUAAUUCUGACUCUUCAAGUUGUGGUUCCGAAAUUAUACAACCAAAGAGACGACGAAUGGUCGUUAUUGAAAGUGACAGUGAAGAGUCGUCGGAAGACUUAGAUGAAUGGCGCGAUGUCACAGAAGAAUUAGAUAUUCCGGAUAGAAUACAUUUAAGUGUAUCGCCAAAGAAUAAAGAAAUAUCUAGUCAUUCUAUUUGGAAAACGUGGCGUGCGGUGGAAGAGGGUGAGUUUUGGGCUUUUAUUGGAGUUAUUAUCAAUAUGGGUAUGAUACCCUUGGCGAAUAUGCAGGAUUAUUGGUCAAUCAAGGAGAAUAGUCACAUCCCUUACUUUUGUAAAAUAUUUACAAGAAAGAGAUUUAUGCAGAUAUUCUGGAUGCUGCAUUUAAAAACACCGGAUCCUGCGAAAAAUGACAUUAGAACACGCAUUCAACAAGCAUCUAAUGUUUUGGAAUAUAUGAACUCAAGAUUUUCAGACUAUUUCAUACCUGGAGAAAACAUAUGCGUUGACGAAUCUGUAGUUAAAUUCAAAGGAAAGAUAAGCUUCAUCACAUACCAUCCCAAUAAGCCUAUCAAGUGGGGCAUUCGAAUAUACGUUCUAGCAGAUUCCGAAACUGGAUAUGUGUACAGCAUUCUUCCGUAUUAUGGAAGCAUCACUUCUGAGAAUCUUUCAAGGCCAGAUUCACUGGCCAGCACCAGAAUUACCCUGCAUCUGUAUUACACUAGUAUACCCUUAUCUCAAGAAUUAAGAAAAAUGAAAUGCCACUUGACCGGUACCAUACAAAUAAACAGAGAAGGUGUUCCAACAAGUUUGAAUAAACCAAAAUUAAAAGAAAAAAAAACUGUCGCAUACAAACAAGGCAAUACAAUGCUCUUAGCUUGGAGGGAUAAGAGAAUAGUAACGUUAUUGAGUAACUGGCAUAAUGCUGGAAUGAUAACCACUAAUAUAUUUAUUCGAGGUGGUACAAACGAAGUGAUUGAAAAGCCAAGUGUAGUUGUCGGGUACACAAAGUCCAUGGGUGGUGUUGAUCGGGCUGAUCAAUACGCCUCCAGUUAUUGCUUUUUGAGGAUCUCACUUAAGUGGUGGCGAAAACUAUUCUUUUAG